UUUAUUUGUAAGAAAAAUAAACAAAUAAAAGAAGCAACAAGAGAAGCUCGUGGCCGUGGAGUUAAAUUAGAAGAUUAGCAGAGUCAAGCUGCAGAAAAUCAAAAUCAUUCUGAAACGCCCCGUUACAACUUCAAUUUGGAUUGAACGGGGUGUUUUCCAUUUCAAAAUAGCGUAAUUUUAAUCAAGCUUUGGUUGUAAUACUUUCGGAUCUUGCAUUUUUUAUCCAUAAUAAUAAUAAUAAUCGUCGAUUUGGGGAUUCAAUUCAAGCAUGGACAGCAUAAUGAGCAAGCUCCGCAAUCUCGAUGCGUACCCUAAAAUCAACGAAGAUUUCUAUAGCCGCACGCUUUCCGGUGGCGUCAUAACCCUCGCUUCCUCAAUCCUCAUGCUUGUGCUCUUCUUCUCCGAGCUUCGGUUGUAUCUCCAUGCGGUGACGGAGACUAAGCUUGUGGUGGAUACUUCCAGAGGCGAAACGCUGCGUAUCAAUUUUGAUGUUACGUUUCCUGCGUUACCAUGUUCCAUUCUUAGUCUUGAUGCAAUGGACAUCAGCGGAGAGCAGCAUCUAGAUGUAAAACAUGAUAUAAUCAAGAAAAGAUUAGAUUCUCAUGGCAAUGUGAUAGAAACAAGGCAAGAUGGAAUUGGUGCUCCCAAGAUUGAAAAACCAUUGCAAAGACACGGAGGAAGGCUUGAGCACAAUGAGACUUAUUGUGGUUCCUGUUUUGGUGCUGAAGCGUCAGAUGAGGAUUGUUGUAAUUCCUGUGAGGAUGUUCGUGAAGCAUAUCGUAAGAAAGGUUGGGCGCUUUCAAAUCCAGAUUUAAUUGAUCAGUGCAAAAGAGAAGGAUUCUUGCAAAGAAUCAAGGAUGAAGAUGGUGAAGGAUGCAAUGUGUAUGGCUUCUUGGAAGUGAAUAAGGUGGCAGGGAAUUUCCAUUUUGCUCCUGGGAAAAGCUUUCAGCAAUCUGGUGUACAUGUACAUGACCUACUGGCUUUUCAAAAGGACUCCUUCAAUCUUAGUCACCACAUCAACAGAUUAGCCUUUGGAGAGUAUUUUCCUGGUGUCAUUAAUCCUCUUGACCGUGUGCAUUGGACACAAGAAACACCAAGUGGGAUGUAUCAGUAUUUUAUUAAGGUUGUGCCUACUGUAUACACUGACGUAAGUGGGCAUUCUAUCCAGUCAAACCAGUUCUCUGUGACAGAACACUUCAAGACUGGAGAUGUGGGCCGUUUGCAGUCCCUCCCUGGGGUUUUCUUCUUCUAUGACCUUUCUCCAAUUAAGGUUACUUUUACCGAAGAACAUGUCUCUUUCUUACAUUUUCUUACUAAUGUGUGUGCCAUAGUUGGAGGUAUUUUCACUGUUUCUGGAAUACUAGAUUCAUUUAUCUAUCAUGGUCAAAGAGCUAUCAAGAAGAAGAUGGAACUUGGUAAAUUUAGCUGAUAGGUGUUAUUUGAGUUCUUUCCGUUGAAUGGCUCUCCAUGGACAAUCUAUUCUGAAGAAGAUCAACUGUUGAACGAAAUUCCCCCUGGGGCUCCCUGAGUUCUUCAGUUUCAACAAAUGGAUUUUGCCCAUACACCUUGUCAUCAAUGGAGGUUGAAAUGGCUAAGUGCAACAAAUGCCACUUUGCCAUGACUCAUCUUUUCUGAAACAGCUCUAGAUGUGAAUGUUACAUGUUUAAUGGAAAGUAGAGGGGCUUUCAUAGCCCUGAACUUGCAGAACUUCGAGAAGCAUCAAAAGGAAAUCCUUUAAGGAAAAUUUAAAUCAACAACGAUAAUCUAAAAUG